AUGUCGAGCCGCUCCGACGAUUCGUUGGAUUCACUUUUUCAUUACGAGCCGAGAGGUACGACAGAAUCCUCCAAGGCGUCUAUUUCGCCGAGCCCCUCCAAUCGUUCAUCUGACGAGGCGUCAAAUCAUGCAAAUCCGUCAGAUAUCGGCUCUCCGGAUGACGAGCCGUCAGUUUCGAUUAGCCGUCCCCAGGAUCCGGUUCCUGAUGAAGACAUUAAUCGUGCCGCACUUAAGGCCGAGGAGAAGGCAUUUCCCUUUGACCUUUUCAAGGCGAAGCGUGAAUUAGAGCGUCUCAUGGCGUCCCGAGGCGCUUCCACAUCUGGGCGAGAGCCGCGAGUUAAGAGACAAAAACCUGACCCGCAUGGCUCUACGCUUUGCUCCCUCGAGUCGCUCGAGGUGUUGAGGCAUCGCUUCGGGAUAUCCGAGGCGGUGGAGUUCGUCAUUCCAAAGAAGAGUGACCGAGCCGACAAGCCCCAAGAGAAUCAUUUUACUCUGUACGAGGCCUUCUUCGAGCUUUGCUUCCUCUGGUUCCUGAUCCCCGGAGUGAUCCUUGAAUAUCUUUGGAAACACGGGAUCUCGAUUGGGCAGAUCAUGCCGAGGGGAUUACGACAUAUGAUAGGCAUCUUAGUUCGAAGCUUCGAGUGCGGAGUUGAUAUCGAGCUGAAUCACCUGCUGAACUUGCUGGAAAUCAGGAAAGCUCUGAAGGGAAAUAGAUUAUAUAUUUCCAACAAGGCGAGGCAACGGAUCAUCAGCGGUUUUACCAGCAAGGAUCAGUUUUGGACUGAACGCUUCUUCUACGUCUUGGUGAACGAGGCAUCGGUCGGCGAGAAUUACAUUCAAAGAACCAAGACUGCUUGGGGACCACUUGGUAGCCGACCCGAAGCUUUGCCUCGGCUCGGAACUGUUUUUGUUCGGUGCUUUCUUCCCCCGAUUCCCGACGACCUCUUUACUGUUCGAGACUCUCUUUUGGCGCGGAAGGUUAAUUGGAGAAAGAACUUCACCCUCGAAAGAGUAGAAAAAGCGCGAGCCAUCCUUGCCGGAGUCCCCGUCAGCUCUUCGUCCUCAAGUUCUUCAAGAGAUACCCGGGAGAAGAUGGUGAUAAUCGCUCUCAGAGAAAGGAAGAGGCGCGAGAAAGAGGAAGCCGCUAGACGAGCUGCCGAGGCGGCUCACGCGUAA